AAAUAGUACCCUUCAUCAACUCCGUCCCGAGUAAACGUUUCAGUCGUUCUUCCUGCUGCCAUGGGGACCCUCCCUCCCUCCCUCCCUCAUGUUUGACUCACAGAGCUGACAAGCUUUAAAAACUAGUAAAUUCAACGUUAACCCUUUCUGUGUUCUACCAUUUUUCAAUUCCAUGUAGUGUACGAUGCGAACCAUGGGCCAUACAGUAUUGCCGUGUCUUUAGCGGUUUCAUGCAAUCCAGACUCCCCUCCUUUUACACACUCUCUCCCUGACUUUUUCAGAAUUCAGAUUUUGUAUUUGUUUAUUUCAUAUCCAACAUUUGAUGCUUUGGGAACUACGAUCCUCUUAGCGAUCCACUAUACAGUACAACUCUAUUUAACGUAGUGAGCUACUGAUAGUAAAGCCUUCACCUCUCUCUGAUCGCAGGAAAAGAGAAGAACACUGAAAUGAGAAGCUUUUACAGUUAUCUUCUCUGUGUUUUCUCGAGUCUUCUACUACCCUUCUCAGCCAUCGUCUAUGGUUCCAGUGAUCUUGAAGUUCUGUUGCUGCUCAAGUCUUCAAUGAUUGGACCCAAAGGUUCGGGACUCGAGAACUGGGAAUUCUCUUCAUCUCCAUCAGCACAUUGCCGUUUCUCUGGUGUUCAAUGCGAUGAGGAUUUCAGUGUUGUUGCUCUGAACGUGUCGUUUGCUCCUCUCUUUGGCACCAUUCCUCCUGAAAUUGGGCUUCUCAACAAGCUCGUCAACCUCACUAUUUCUUCCGAUAGUCUUACGGGGAGGAUUCCGGUGGAGAUGGGUAAUUUGACUUCUCUUAAGAUAUUCAACAUCUCCAACAAUGUUUUCCAAGGCAGUUUCCCUGGAGAAAUCUUUGCAGGCAUGACUCACCUCGAGAUUCUCGAUGCUUAUAACAAUAACUUCACGGGUGUUCUUCCCAUUGAGGUCGUCAAUCUUAAAUAUCUCAAGCAUUUAUCUUUCGGAGGAAACUUUUUUAUGGGAGAGAUACCGGAGGAGUACUCUGAAAUCCAGAGCUUGGAAUAUUUGGGUCUUAAUGGCAUCGGUUUAACAGGGAAAACUCCUUCCUUUUUGGCUCGUUUAACAAACCUCAAAUACUUGGUAAUCGGAUACUUCAACGCCUACGAUGGAGGCAUUCCACCUGAGUAUGGGUCAUUGAGUCAACUCGAACUUCUCGACAUGGCAAGCUGUAACAUAACCGGUGAGAUUCCUUCGAGUUUGAGCAAUUUGAAACACUUGCACUCGUUGUUCCUUCAACUCAACCGUCUCACCGGGCGUAUCCCUUCUCAACUCUCUGGUUUAAUCAGCUUGAAAUCGCUUGAUCUUUCUAUAAAUGAACUUACAGGGGAGAUACCGGACAGUUUCUCUGCUUUGAACAAGAUUACGCUUAUAAAUUUGUUCAAAAACAAUCUCUACGGUUCGAUACCGUCAUUCGUAGGCGAUUAUCCUCAUCUUGAAGUGUUUCAGGUGUGGGGAAACAACUUUACGUUUGAAUUGCCCCAGAAUCUGGGGCGCAAUGGGAAGCUUUAUAAGCUUGACGUUGCUUCGAAUCACCUCACUGGAUUGAUUCCUCGGGAUUUAUGCAAGGGGGGGAGGUUGGAGACGUUGAUUAUGAUGGAAAAUUUCUUCUUUGGUCCACUCCCUGAAGAACUUGGCAACUGCAAGUCUCUUACCAAGAUUCGUAUCAUGAAAAACCUUCUCAAUGGGACGAUUCCAGCUGGGAUUUUCAACUUGCCAUUGCUGAGUAUUAUGGAGUUAGGCGACAAUUUCUUCUCCGGUGAACUUCCAUCACAGAUGUCGGGUGCUUCGCUUGGUCAGUUAAAAAUUUCAAACAAUUGGAUCAGUGGCAAAAUUCCUCCGGCAAUAGGCAAUUUGCGGAGUUUACAAGUUUUGUCUCUUGAAAUGAACAAGUUUUCAGGUGAAAUCCCCGGAGAGAUCUUUAAUAUCAAAUUGCUUUCAAAGAUGAACAUCAGUGACAACAAUAUUACUGGUGAAAUCCCACCUUCCAUCUCUCGAUGCACUUCUCUUACUUCCAUUGAUUUCAGUCGGAACAGUUUCACUGGUGAAAUUCCCGACGGAAUCGACGAGCUCAAAGAUUUAAGCAUUCUCAAUUUUUCAAGGAACCAGCUAACUGGUGAAAUUCCGGCUGAAAUCCGUAACAUGAUAAGCCUCACAACUCUUGAUCUCUCGUAUAACUAUUUGGUGGGCAGAAUUCCCAUUGGCGGCCAAUUUUUAGUCUUCAAUGAUAGCUCGUUUACUGGAAACCUCAAUCUCUGUCCUCGUCACGUCAAUUGCCCAUCUUUGGGAAACCAAACUAGAGGUUCAGGUCAUGGUCACGCAGUAUCCUUCGCUGCUUCAAAGCUCAUAAUCACAGUCAUUACGUUUAUGACAGCUUUGCUACUGAUAAUCAUCACGGUUUAUAGAAUUAGAAGGAAGAGGUUUCAAAAAUCACGAGCCUGGAAGCUUACUGCAUUCCAAAGGCUGGAUUUCAAAGCUGAGGACGUGCUGGAGUGCUUGAAGAAUGAGAAUGUUAUAGGCAAAGGUGGAGCUGGGAUUGUCUACCGCGGUUCAAUGCCGGAUGGUCUCGAUGUUGCGAUUAAAAGAUUGGUGGGCGGAAGAAACGAUAGUGGAUUCUCGGCAGAGAUUCAAACUCUGGGUCGAAUUAGGCAUCGUAACAUCGUGAGAUUGUUGGGUUAUGUUUCGAAUAAAGACACGAAUCUGUUGUUGUAUGAAUAUAUGCCUAAUGGGAGCUUAGGAGAAAUGUUGCAUGGGCCAAAGGGUGCACAUUUGCAAUGGGAGAGAAGGUAUACGAUUGCCCUGGAAGCUGCCAGGGGACUGUGUUAUCUUCACCAUGAUUGCUCUCCUCUGAUUAUACACAGGGAUGUGAAGUCCAAUAACAUAUUGCUUGGUGAAGACUAUGAAGCUCAUGUAGCGGAUUUUGGGCUGGCUAAGUUCUUGCAGGACGCUGGUGCUUCCGAGUGCAUGUCCUCCAUUGCUGGUUCCUACGGCUAUAUCGCCCCAGAGUACGCCUACACAUUGAGGGUUGAUGAGAAAAGCGACGUGUACAGUUUCGGUGUUGUGCUGCUGGAGCUGAUAGCAGGAAGAAAACCAGUUGGGGAGUUUGGAGAUGGGGUGGACAUUGUGAGGUGGGUGAGGAAGAUGACAUCAGAACAACCCCAACCCUCUGAUCCUGCUUCAGUGUUGGCGAUUGUAGAUCCCAGGCUAAGUGAAUAUCCAGUGACGGCAGUUAACCAUCUGUUCAAGGUAGCCAUGAUGUGCGUUGAGGAUGAGAGCACUGCAAGGCCAUCCAUGAGAGAAGUUGUACACAUGCUCACCAAUCCACCACAGUCUGCCCAAAGGCCAAGCCUCCUCACCUUUUGAUGCUCAACUGCUAAUCAAUCAUGCUCAUGGACUUUUGCCGUCCUACGAAAACAUAGAAAUCUGUAAUAAUUUUCUAACCAAGGUUUUGGGUAUCGGAUUGUAAUACUAACCUGCCAUAAAGGGUGAAUAUGUUUGUGUUUUAUGUUUAUUAGAAUAAUGUUUCUAUCAAUGUAAAAUUGCUGCUUUCCCUAUUUUUGGUUGAUAAAUUGGUGUAUAAUUUAAAGCUACAGAGUGAAAGUAAUUAGUAAAGUUGAAUAUUUUGCG